CUACGAGUACGAGAUCGAUUCSGAAUCCGAUCGGAUCUAUGACGGAGCAGAGAAGGUUGUCCCAUUGCGAUCGCCAUUGUCAYAAUCAUCGCCGUCGCUGCCAAACAAGCCCGCAGAAGGAACGCCGACAAACGGCAAGCCCAAGAAGAUACCACACCACAAGGAAGAACGAAGAAAAAAGCGAAACAAAACGAAGAGAGAGCGCUCCGCCAAUKACAAGAACGAUUCGAACAAUGACGAGGCUGGCAUUCCCGGCGGUGUUGCUGUUGCUGCCGCCGUCCGCUUGCUUUCUGCAUCCAGGGACGAAGCAAAACACGCUGGCGGGGGCGGCAGUGGCCAUGAGCCCGGCGUCGGACGCCCURGCCGCUGCUGCCAUCGUGCGGCGGAACGUCMUUUCCGGGGCUGCCAUAUUCACCGUSGGAGACAUUGCCGCCCAGCUCSUCACGGKAUCGCAGAAGGCGAGGCACCGGGAGAGGAAAAGGAAGGAGCGGSKAGAACGAAGCUUGUCYGCGGGCACGCCUUCUUGUUCGUCGACGCCCUUGUCGUCCACCACGACUCUGACACCACCAAAACCCARYGAACCCAAUGAACCCACCGCAGCCAGGACGGCAACGAGGGACGCCGCCGAGACGGAUCGUUCGGAGCCGGACCCGGAGGAGCUGCAGUUCUCGGAUUCGGAGGCCUCCGAYGCGGAGGARGCCGGGGCAGAACCGAUCGACGUUGCAAAGGCCGUUGCCAUUSCCAUUCCCAUCGCCGACGAGACAGACACACACCGCCACCGAGCCGGGUUCGGCAAGGAAGACUCCCUCGCUGCCCGGGCAGCGAAAUUCCGCCGCUUCUGGAAACAACCCAUCGACACGAACCGGCUGUGGAGCGCGGCGGUCCUGGGGGCCGUGUGGUCCGGYCUCUGCGUCCCCUUCAUCUACGGGAGCGUCGAGCGGAGGUUUCCCGGAAGGGCCACCCUCCGGCAGCUCCUCACCAAGGUCCUGGUGACCUGCGGGAUUCUCAGCACGAUCGGCAACUACGCCACCAUGUACGCCCGCCGCUUUUUGGCGCGGUGCACGACCCACCAGUUCGACGAAGCCUGCUCCCUGCGCUUUCGGUGGGCCUCGAGGCCGGUGGGCUCGCUGCUGCUGCUGUGGGCCAUCGCGAAGGGCUGCGCCGAGAGCUGCAACCGGGACAUUCUCGAGGUCGUGGURGACGACAUCAAGAUCUGGCCCCUCUACGAUMUCRCCUGCUACGGCCUGAUCCCCCCCUCCUGGAGGCCGAUCACCACGUCCGUCAUGUCGAGCGGCUGGGCGAUGUACAUGAGCGUGGUGUCCGCAAACGAAUCGCGCGACGACGACGACGAGGAGGAGGAACGGGAGGACGCACCCGAACGGAACCCUGCGGCCCGCAAGGCAUCGAUCCGGCGGGCACCGUUGUCGCCCCCRGGGGCGGCCUCCCCGGACCCGGUGCGGCCCGCCGGGGUCCUUCCGGCCAACCUCGGUGCCACGAAGCACCUCAUCGCCGUUGCGGGUGGUACCUCGUGCAGCCCCGCCGACGCAGACAAAACGACAACGAAGACAAAAACGAAAACGACAACGACAACCGCGACAACAAAGCCACGGACGACCGCGAAGGGCUCCGAUGGGGACGCCCGUGAUGGGGAGACGAAGCCAUCUGUUGGUCCCUGAUCCAAUUCAUUCAUUGUGUUGUUGUUUCGUUUGCCAUUCCGAGACUCCCGCCGCACACAGACACCACACCAUAUCACUGCUUCUUGUCCCUCUAGAACGUUUCGAACAAUGCAUUGUGCACGAUACCGUGUGAUAAUUAUAACCACUAAAACAACCGCAUUGCU